AUGAUGCCCGCAAGACCCCUCGUUCGCUCGACGCUCCCCAGAGCUACCCGGGCUGUCCGCGCACCCCGCCAGCAGCUCCGUUUCCAGUCGACGACCACCUCAUCCUCAACAGGCGGAAGCAGCUCUCAUUUCGGAGCCGGUGUCGCUGGUGGCCUUGCCGGUGCUGGUAUCUUCUACGCCCUCUACUCCUUCACUCCCGCUGGUCGCGCUGCCUCGAAGGUCAACAAGGCCGCCAAGGAGGCCGAGAAGAAGUACACAGCCGCGGCCCAGAAGCUACAAGAAAACACACCCUCUACCGAUGAAGCUAUCGACUACAUCAAGCAAUUUGCUUACUCCUACGUUGGCUGGAUCCCUGGUGGCCGCUCCUACGUCGACUCUGCUUUCAAUGACUUCGAGACCGUCCGCAAGAACCAUAAGGAAGAGGCCGACAAGAUUGUUGACGACGCCUACAAGCAGUUCCAGGAGGUCGCCAAGGCCGGCCUCAGUCUCGAGGCCGUCCACAAGGCAUACGAGGUCCUCGCAGACAUCACCCAGAAGCUCGCAAGCCUUGGAGGUGACGCCAUUGGGGACAUCGUCGACAACCACCCCCAAUUGAAGGAGAAACUCGGAGGAAACAUUGACCAGCUCAAGGACUUGGGAGACAAGUAUGGUCCGGAGGCCAAGAAGCAGGUCGACGAGACAUGGAAGCAAGUCAAGGACGUCUUGGCUGGCGGCUUCACUGCCGGCAAUUUCGACAAGGUGCGCAAGCUCAUUGAGGAGAAGAUUCAACAGGUUCAGAAGCUCGGUGAUGAGGCUUGGAAGAAGGCGCUCGAGGAGGCCAAGCCCUACCUUGACAAGAAUCCCAAGGUCAAGGAGCUGAUUGAGAAGAAUGCCGACGCGCUCAAGAAGGGCAACGCCAAGGAGCUCUUCGAGAAGGCGAAGAAGGCUACCGAAUCCGGAGACCUCGGAGGCCUCGAGAGCUAUGUCACCGAUGCCGUCGACAAGGCCAAGUCAAAGGGCUCUCAAGUCGGUGAGAGCUUUGGCCUCGAUCAGUACUUUAAGAUGAUCCCCGACGGAGACAAGAUCAUCCCCAAGCUGAAGCAGCUCCGCGAAGUCGCAGAUAAGCACAAGGAGGAGGGAGAGAAGCUCUUCAAGGAGACCAUUGAGGAGGUAAAGAAGGUCCUUGAGGCUAAGUCGAAGAAGGCGGAGGAGAUUGCCGAAAAGGCCAAGAAGGAUGCCAAAUAA